CAUUUUUUUCCCCAUUUUUCCCCCAUUUUUCUCUCUUUUCCAGGGGUUUGGGCGGCGCUGCCUCCUGGCCCGGCUGGGGCCCGGCCCCACCCUGCACCAGGCUGUCCCCAUGGCCACCACGGCCCGGGAGGAGAUGAGGAGGUUCUGGGAGAGGAACGAGCGCUCGGGGCGGCCCCUGUCCCCCCACGUCAGCAUCUACAAGUGGUCGCUGCCCAUGGCCAUGUCCAUCAGCCACCGCGGCACCGGCGUCGCCCUCAGCCUCGGUGUGUCCCUGUUCUCGGUGGCCGCCCUGCUGCUCCCUGAGCACUUCCCCCAUUACCUGGCUCAGGUGCGGGCGCUGAGCCUGGGCCCCGCCCUCGUCUGCUCGGCCAAGUUCCUGCUGGCCCUGCCCCUGUGCUACCACACCUGGAACGGCGUCCGCCACCUGGCCUGGGACCUCGGCAAGGGGCUGAAGCUGCCGCAGGUGACGCAGUCGGGGCUGCUGGUGCUGGCGCUGACCGUGCUGUCCUCGGCCGCGCUGGCGGCGCUCUGAGAGCCCCGGGCGGCCCCGGAUCCCGGCAAUCCCGGCAAUCCCGGGAAUUCCGGGAAUCCCGGCAAUCCCGGGCGGCCCCGGAUCCCGGCAAUCCCGGCAAUCCCGGGAAUCCCGGGCGGCCCCGGAUCCCGGCAAUCCCGGGCGGCCCCGGAUCCCGGCAAUCCCGGCAAUCCCGGCAAUCCCGGCAAUCCCGGGCGGCCCCGGAUCCCGGCAAUCCCGGCAAUCCCGGCAAUCCCGGGAAUUCCGGCAAUCCCGGGCGGCCCCGGAUCCCGGCAAUCCCGGCAAUCCCGGGAAUUCCGGCAGUCCCGGAUCCCGGCAAUCCCGGCAAUCCCGGCAAUCCCGGGCGGCCCCGCCCCUCCCUCCCCUCCCCCUGCCCGAAAUCCCGGGAUGAGCAGAGCUGCCCCGCCCCCCCCGCGCUGUCCCCGCGGUGUCCCCGUGGUGUCCCCACGUGUCCCCGAGGCCGGCACAAUGCGGGAUCUGUGUCCCCGCGAGUGGGAUUGGCACCGGGGGGUGGGAGCGCGGCAGCACAAGGAGCUCCAUUGAGGCAGCGCCCUACAGGGGUGGGUGACAGGUGACAUCUCGGUGCCACCCCCCCUGCCACCCCCCAGGGUCCUGGGUCCCAUGGGAAUGCCAUGAUUCAGCCCAUUUUGGGGGGAAAAUCCCCAAUUUUGGAGCUUCUUCCCAGUGGGGAGGCAGCGCUCUAUAGGGGUGACAUCUCAGUGCCACCCCCCUGUCACCCUGCUGCCACCCUGCUGCCACCCCCCUGCCACCACUCAAAAUCCUGGAUCCCAUGGGAAUUCCAUGAUUCAGCCCAUUUGGGGGGAAAAAAACCCAAUUUUGGAGCUUCUUCACAGUGGGGAGGCAGCACUCUAUAGGGGUGACAUCUCAGUGCCAUCCCACUGUCACCACUCGAGGUCCUGGAUCCCAUGGGAAUGCCAUGAUUCAGCCCAUUUUGGGGGCAAAAAAACCCAAUUUUGGGGCUUCUUCACAGUGGGGAGGCAGCACUCUAUAGGAGUGACAUCUCAGUGCCACCCCCCUGUCACCCCCUGCCACCCUGCUGCCACCACUCACAGUCCUGGAUCCCAUGGGAAUUUCAUGAUUCGGCCCAUUUUGGGGGCAAAAAUCCCAAUUUUGGAGCCUCCAGCCAGUAGGGAGACAGUACCCUAUAGGGGUGGGUGACAGGUGACAUCUCGGUGCCACCCCCCUGUCACCACUCGGGGUCCUGGAUCCCAUGGGAAUUCCCUGAUUCAGCCCAUUUUGGGGGGAAAAAUCCCAAUUUUGGAGCCUCCAGCCAGUGGGAACGUCCUGGUUUGGUGCUGGGGAGGGGUUUGUCACCCCAGGCGUUGUCACCCCAGAUGUUGUCACCCAGGUUUUGUCACCCCAGGCAUUGUCACCCCAGGCGUUGUC